CAAACUGACGUGCUCUAUUUUUAGGUUAGAAGAAAUGGCACGAAAUUUCGUAAAUGAAAUUAACGAGCUGAAUAAACCGCACGUGCACAUCAAAGACCCAGAGAAGCUCAAUGUUAAACUGAACGGGAUUAUUAAUGGCAGUUUCGAACAGUUGCAAAUUGUGUCGGAUUUCGACUUGACAAUCACCAAGCAGCACGAGAAUGGGAAAAGACACUUGAGUAGUUUUAGGAUGUUUGGGUACUGUCCGUCGCUCACGGACGAGUACAAGGAAAAGUCGCACCAAAUAUACUCAAAAUAUCACCCGAUGGAGUAUGAUCCUACCAUUCCGGAAAACGAGAAGCGCGAAUUAAUGCAGGAGUGGUGGUCGCAGUCGGAGAAGGCUUUACAUGGGUUGAUGGUAAGCGCCAAAGAAAUCGAUGAGGCUGUGGCAAACCUAGCAACUUCCUUAAGAGAUGGCACUAAGGAGCUCUUCCAAACCUUGUCUGAGCACGACGUGCCAGUGCUAAUUUUUUCAGCAGGUCUAGGCAAUACGGUGGUCUCAGUUUUAAAACACUAUGAUGUGUACUUACCAAAUGUGAAGGUGAUAUCAAACUUCCUAAAAUACGAUGACAGUGGUAUUAUUACAGGCUUCAAAGGUCCCCUAAUUCACGUUCUUAAUAAAAACGAAUAUGCUAUUAAAAACUCUGAAUAUUAUGACAUAGUAAAAAAUCGCAAUAACGUAAUUUUGUUAGGAGAUUCGUUAGGUGACGCUAGGAUGGCGGACGGGAUAGAGCACGCCAAUCACAUACUUAAAAUUGGGUUUAUUUUUGAAAAGGUGGAAGGAAAUUUACCUGCUUACAUGGACACGUUUGAUAUAGUUUUGGAAGAUGACCAGACUAUGGAUGUCAUAAGAGCCAUAAUUAGCCGGAUCAAACUGACUUAAUUAUUGACACAUAAAAUAUUGUUGUUUACUUAAUUAAGAUGAAAUACAUCUUUCAGAGUGCAGUAAAA